AUGGUCAUGAACUUCCACAAGAUGCCUAAUCGUCUCAAGCAUAAGCUCUCUCGUGUUAUCACCCCAUUCCAACUCUGUAGAUCCAAAGAUCCUUCUUGUCCCGAAGCUCCAAUUCCAGCUAUCAACAGGCUCUCUCCUUUCAACCCCAAAGCACUUGACAUCAAUUACCCUUGUAACCUCCAAGCACCACCACCGCCAUCAACACCUUAUUACAAAUGCCGAGUGUCAAGGAAGACCAUUUCCGUCGGCUGCAAAUGCCAAUCGCGAUCGUGCCCGCGCUGCUGCAUGUCAGAUUGGAGCAUUGAAUCGCCCGAUUUUGCGGGCAAGAAAGAAGCCAGGUGGCAAGCCAAACCUCACCUAAACGUGCCCUUCUCAUUUUCUGAUGGGAGUGGGGACAUGUCACCCUUUAUGGUAACUGGAAAAAACAAAAACAGAGAAAUUAAUAUCAAGAAAAACAAGGUCAAGACAGGUGUCUUGUCUGUUGAUACUAGUGGGUGCUUUAGCAGUACUGAUGUUGCUGGUGAAGAAAAUGAAACCCUACUUUGUUCUUCAAGAAGUUUCUCCUAUGAUUCUUCUUGUGAAUUCAGCCAUUCAUUGGAUACUAUAGCCAGGCAAUCAGAAUAUCAUGAAGCGUUUAAUAAGCCUAUAGGGAACAAGAAAGUGAGUAACCUAAAGAAAAUUAAAAAGCUUGGACACCAAAUUUCAUUGAACAAGUGGAAAAGAUCAAAGACUGUGACGUCUCCAGAGAUUCCUUCACCUGUGAGAUCAUCCGUUUUGAAGCGGGUGAUAUCACGCAAGGUUGAUGGGAGAGUGAAGGAGAGCGUGGCAGUGGUGAAGAAAUCACAGAACCCACACCGGGACUUUAAGAGGUCUAUGUUGGAGAUGAUAUUAGAAAAGCAAAUAUUUGAGGCCGAGGAUUUACAGGAACUUUUGCAGUGUUUUUUGUCCUUGAAUUCGAGACAGUAUCAUGGAGUUAUCGUGCAGGCAUUCUCGGAGGUUUGGGAGAUCGUUUUCUGUGAUUCUCCUGUAAAUAAGAGAGCUUCUAUCAGAAAUUAA